AUGGCUAAGGCAGCAGCGUGGUGCCUGGUGGUGCUGGUGGCGGUGGCCCUGAUGGCGGCGGAGGCAGACCCCGGCAGCCCCUACUACAAGAGGCCCUACUCCUACAACCAGCAUGGCGGUCACGGCAGCCACUCUUCUCACGGCCAGGGCUUCGUCGCGUGGUGCCUGGUGGUGCUGGCGGCAGUGGCACUGGUGGUGGCGGAGGCAGACCCCGGCAGCCCCUACUACAAGAGGCCACACUACAACAACCAGCAUGGCGGUCACGGCUCCGUCGGCAUCGGUUCCGUAGGGCACGGCAGCCACUCUUCUCACGGUCAGGGAUUCGUCGGGCUGGGCUCUGUCGGGCACGGAGGUCACGGCUCUCCCUUCGGCAACGGCGGCCGCGGUUCCGUCGGUCACCUCGGCGGGAAGCUCGGUGGGCACGGCUCUUCCUUUGGCCACGGCUCUUUCGGACACCUCGGUGGCCGUGUGAAGGGCGUGCACGGCGGCAAGCACUACCACCACCACCACUAG